GAGCCCUAGUGAGGAUCCAGGAUUGAGAGUGUGUCAGAAGCCAGAGGCCUUGAGCCACAUCCAGUGAACAUUUGCAACUUUGGCUGCAUGUUCCUUGGUUGCUGGUCUACUAUGCAUGGAAACUGUAAAGGGCACCAGAAGACAGCACAUUUAAGAAGAAAGAUGUGCAUGUGGAAUGUGUCUGCACUUCUUCUUCUUAUAGAGUGUAACUUCACUAAAAUAACUGUGGAAAUUGUAUCCAAUACAUGUUCAAAAAAAAAACAACUCUCUCAUUCCUCAAGACUCAGACCUCCUGAAUUAUUGCUCUCAAUGGCAGAACCUGCAGCUCCAAAUCCUCUUACAGUACUUAUAAUCAAACACAAAAUCAAAAGGAGAGAGAUCUAUCCAGAUCAUAAGGUUUUAAAACAGAACAAAAGUUGUUAGAAACACUGAAAAACAUUGUGACCAACUGUACGCAGGUGUCAGGCCCAGGAGAUGUCUCUGGGUUCAGGGGAGACAGCUGACAAAGAGGGAGGCUAUGGAAUACACAGUUGCAGGAGGAGCUCUGGCCUCUCAUUAAUGAUUAAUAAUUCAAGCUCUGGAGUGGCGCAGAAUACUGAGUGUCCUGGCAAGAGCUAAGAGAAGCCUGCUCAGAGAAAACACAGGAAGCCCUCCCUCAGGCACUAAGUUGAACGAAAAAACACAAUGGCCACAAUGGUAGAAUUGAGCCCCACGGGUGAGCAGAAUGACUAUGUCCUGGGCAAGCCAGCAGACAAGAAGACCCCUCCCCAAAGAGUUCCAGGUUUAUGUUCCGUGCGCUAUGGAAUAGCCUUCAUCACACAUUUCUGCAACUUCACAUUGUUGGCACAGAAUGCCAUCAUAAGCAUCACCAUGGUAGCCAUGGUCAACAGCACAGACCAUGCACCCCACCUCAACGGCUCCUCCGAAGAGCUUCCUGCUGGUUUAAAUGGCGCCAAACAUGAAGAAGCCUCAAAGCAUCUUUCUGUAAAGGCCCCUGUGUAUAACUGGAGUCCUCAAACCCAAGGAAUCAUCUUCAGCUCUGUCCAGUAUGGCAUGGUGCUAAUGCAGGGUCCUGGAGGAUACUUGGCUGGGAAAAUCGGAACGAAGAAACUGGUGGGAAUUGCACUGAUCGGGUCUUCACUGCUCACUCUCUGCAUCCCACUGGCUGCCAAUCUUGGACUAGCUUAUCUCCUGGCCACACGGGCAAUCCAGGGCUUAACCCAGGGCACCGGGUAUGGAGGUCAGUUGGCACUCUGGCAGAGAUGGGCUCCUCCGAAUGAACGCGGCCGACUCUGCAGCAUUGCAUUAUCAGGAAUGAUCUUGGGAAUCUUUACUGUCCUCCUUGUGGGCGGCAUCAUUAGUAACUCCCUCGGGUGGCCCUUUGUCUUCUAUAUCUUUGGAGGUAUUGGUGUUGUCUGCUGGAUUCUCUGGCUCAUUCUGGUUUAUGAUGAUCCUGUCUCUCACCCAUGGAUAAGCGACCCAGAAAAGGAAUACAUCUUAUCCUCCCUGGACCAUCAGUUCCGCUCAGAAGAGCAGCCACUUCCCAUCAAAGCCAUGCUUAGAUCUCUGCCCCUCUGGUCCAUGAGUCUUUGCUCUCUGACCCAUCAGUGGCUUGUUAACACCUUUGUGAUAUACACCCCAACAUACAUCAGCUCUGUGUUCCAAGUUAACAUCAGAGACAAUGGGUUCCUGUCUUCUCUUCCCUUUUUGGUUGCCUGGACCAUUGGCAUCCUGGGAGGCCAGCUGGCAGAUUUUCUACUGAGCAAGAAUUUUAGCGUCGUAACUGUGAGGAAAACUGUCACAACUUUAGGAACUAUUCCCCCUGCAACUCUCGUUGUGGCUCUGCCCUAUGUCCGAUCCAGCUUUAUCACAACAGUUACAUUUCUGACCCUUGCCUGUGGAAUAUGCCCUCUGAGUCAGCCAGGAGUCUAUAUUAAUGCAUUAGAUAUUGCUCCAAGGUAUGCCAGCUUUCUCAUGGGAACAUCAAGAGGAUUUGCACAUUCAUCUGCUGUGCUGGUACCCAUUGUUGGUGGCUUUUUCCUUAAUCAGGACUCUGAGUUCGGGUGGAGGAAUUUCUUUUUCUUAUCAUUUGCGAUUAGCCUAUUUGGUUUGAUCCUGUUCCUCGUGUUUGGGAAGGCAGAUGUCCAAGAAUGGGCUAAAGAGAGGAAGGUCACUCGCUUGUGAAGAUGUCCCAUUUUCAGUAAAGAAGUCAUUUCACACGCUGUUUCCUAUGUGGGAAGAAGUCCAUAAACAUGGCAUCAGAUCCCCUCAUCAUUCAGACUUCUUCUUUUUUUUUGAGAAAAAUAUAAGAUGAAUAAAACAUCAAGUAAAAUGUCA